CCUAAUACCUAUCCAUCAGAUGUCAAUGUAACAACGUUAACAUCGACCUCGAUUUAUAUUUCAUGGCAGCCAAUACCAUUAUUCGAGCGUAAUGGCAUUAUUACAGUUUACAAUAUUAGUUACCAUUCCUUACAACGGAAUCACAACGGUAUAAUCCAAACAUUGCUGACUGGAAGAUCAAGAAACUAUACAGCAUUCAACUUGAAAUAUUUUUCGCAAUAUAAAGUAUCCAUAUAUGCUUUUACCGUAGCCGGUAUGAGCCCCGGUAGUAAUGAGUUAACUAUCCGCACUUUGCAAUCAGGU